UUGCACAUAUGAUUGUCAUUUAGGGGACUGUGACUGCAGUGCGAUAGACAGAAUAAUUUUUAAUCGAGGAAAAUAAGAGUUUUUCCUCUUUCCGUGUUUUCAAAUGAUGAGGUGACUUGGCUUGCCGGAUAUUUUCUCUUCAGCUAGCUAAAUCAAUAGCGUAGAAACUAUGAGCGACCUUUUCAAAUCUGCAAUGGGCUACUUCAGCUCCAGCUCAGCCCCUGGAGACCCUUCUGGUCAAGGCAAUGAGUUUGUAGGCCAAGUUGUGGAGAUCAACAACGUCAAGCUCAGAAUCAGGAAGCUCAUCGCCGAAGGUGGUUUUGCUCUUGUUUUCAUUGCUCAAGACAUGAACACUGGCAAGGAAUAUGCUCUCAAGAGAAUGAUGGCAGCUGAUGAAGAGGCAAACAGAAACAUUGCCCAAGAAAUCAGCAUUCUGAAAAAGUUAAACGGACAUGCAAAUGUGAUUCAAUUCAUGAUAGCACACCAAAUAGAGAAGUCGAGGACUUCACAUGGAAUGACUGAGUAUCAAAUUGUGACAGAAUUGUGUACAGGUGGAAGUUUGAUUGAUGUUCUGAAUGUUCGGGCGGGUAACCCUCUUCCCCCAAUUACGGUAUGUCAGAUUUUCUGGCAAACUUGCAAAGCAAUUCAACACAUGCAUGCUCAGCAGCCUCCGAUUACCCAUAGAGACUUAAAGAUUGAAAAUCUUCUAAUCGGUGCUAAUGGGCAAAUAAAGCUUUGCGACUUUGGCUCAGCCACCAUGAAAACAUUCCAUCCAGAUUUAAUGUGGUCGGCUGCUCAGAGAAGCUUGCUGGAAGAUGAGAUGGCAAAAUUCACCACACCAAUGUACCGUGCGCCAGAGAUGCUGGACACUUGGGACAAUCGACCCAUUACACAUGCUAGUGACGUCUGGGCCCUCGGAUGCAUUCUUUACAUGUUGUGCUUCAUGAAACAUCCCUUCGAGGAUUCGGCCAAGCUUAGAAUAUUGAAUGGCAACUAUGCAAUUCCUGCUGGGGAUACGAAAUAUUCUUGGUAUCAUGAUAUCAUCCGUGGUUGUUUGCAAGUUGAUCCUGAAAAACGGCUCACAGUGUCUGAAAUACUGGAAAGGUUGGCUGCAAUAUCCGAAAGCCACCGCAUUGACGUCAAAGAGCCAUUGAAACUUCAGGGGAAAAGACUUGAUAAACCUAGUCCAACUCAUAUGACACCUAGUCCAGCAAACCAUCCCGUGGCAGAAGAAGGAAAAACGCCCCAACGUCCUCCACGGCCAUCCCAAGCGCCUUCCCGCCCCAGUGGUGGGCCUCCUGAAAAUCACCCUUUGCCGCAAAGACCCCCUCCUCCUCAACAAGCACCUCCAACCCAAAGUGGAGGCCUGUUUUCAUCAAUCAAAGGUGGCGCAGGCAGUUUUUUGAAAAAUUUGAAAGACACCUCUUCUAAAGUGAUCAAUACAGUCCAGCAGAGUAUUGCAAGAUCUGAUUUGGACUUAACUUACAUCACUUCACGAGUUGCAGUCAUGAGUUUUCCAGGAGAGGGAUUGGAAAUCACCCACAGAAACAAUGCUGAAGACGUCAAGGCGCUACUCGAGAGCAGGCACGGUGGAUAUUUUAUGGUGUUUAAUGUGUCUGGUCGGUCCUACAACCCUGCCAGAAUUGGAGGAAGAGUGGUGGAUUGCCACUGGCCCGGUAAAGGGCGGGCACCUCCUCUGACACAUCUUUACUCUACUUGUUCUGCAAUGCUGGAUUUUCUCGGCAAAGACAACCGAAACAUUUGUGUUGUCCAUUGCAUGGAUGGCCGAGCCUCUUCUGCUCUUGCCGUGAGCGCUCUCUUGAUGUACACAGGACUUUUCAAAAGGCCGGAUGAUGCAGUGCAAAUGUUCGCUGUCAAGAGAUUUCCUCCCUUCCUAAGUCCUUCCGAAAUGAGGUACUUGUAUUAUCUGUACAACAUCCUACAGCCAUCACCUCUCUUGCCUCACCACCAACCAGUUCAUCUUGUGUCUCUGAUUCUCCAACCAGUGCCAAUGUUCACUAAAGUAAGAGACGGUUGUCGGCCAUUCAUGGAAAUCUACCAAGAUGAUCACAAAAUUUUCACCACCCUUCAAGAUUACGAGCGAAUGAAUGUGUAUCAUAUCACAGAUGGAAAGAUUGCCCUGCCAAUUGGUCUACAAGUUCAAGGCGAUAUCUCAAUUAUAGCCUAUCAUGCCCGGAACACCAUCAGCGGAGUGAUUUCCCAAGGCAGACCUUCAGGCAUCAGGAUUGGCCAAGUACAGUUUCACACAGGGGUCAUUGCAGAAGAAAUGACAAGUCUGCGAUUCCAAACAUGUGAACUAGAUGAAAUCGAAGUCAGCCCUGAUCACUAUCCCGAGAAGUUUUCGUUGACUGUCAGUGUGUUUGUAUCUGACGAAGUGCGGUCUCCUUUACGACCCGAGCCAUGGCUUGAUCAUCAAUCAAAAACUCUCUCUUCAGACCUAUUGUUCUCCACAAAACUGGAAAAAGAAGAAGUUGUUGAAACAUUUGUGCAUGUCCCUACAAGACCUCCUCCCAGGCCAGCACCUCCGUCUCACACUGAGGCGCAGCGCUCUUCUCCACCUUUGGUGCCCGCACAUUCUAAUACUCCUCCUCCAAGACCGCAGCCACCUGUAGUCCACAAGCCAGAGGAUGUGCUAGACACCAAGCCUGAUCUUCAGAAGGACAAUGUACAAGCUGAAUCUGUAGCAGACACGAUCGAUCUUCUAGGACUAAACUUAGGUGCUUCGAUCUCAAGUAAUACCACGUCUAACAUGCCAAAGCCUGGGAGCAAUGUGGACCUUCUUGGUGGUUUUGGGGCUGGGCCGGAAAACCUUCUCAACCACCCAGAUUUUAUCCAGCCUAGUAAACCACAAACCAAGAUUUCCGAAGAUUUAUUUGACCCUUUUGGAAUAUCAGGAAGUGAGGGGCUUACUAGCACUCACCACAGUGACACAAACCUGCUAGGAGGAUGGGCCAAUAAUCCAUCGGCUAACGGAAUGGUGAGAAACUCCAGCACACCAAACAUGGAAACCAAAACCAAUAGUGAUCCAUUUGCAGAUUUGGGAUCAUUGUCGGGCCUUGCUCCAGUAGGAGGGGGUGGCUGGAGUGUAGGAGGUGGCUCAUCGAAGCCCACAACUCCCAUGAAUGGCAGUCCAAUGGGAGGUUCACCGUCUCAUCGGCCAAACUCCAUGCCAAACUGGAAUGCAUCAAACAGUGCAAAAUCCCCGACAGGCACCCCUCAACACCAAAUGAAAUCUCCUAGUGAACCUCAACGUCCUGAUUACAGUCGAUCACACUUUGACACAGCACAUAAAGAUCCAGAUAAGCAGGCCGGAACUGGAGUUAGGCCAAAAGUUGGUGAUGCCUUUGGCGACCUUCUGGGCUCGCAAGGCUAUGCUUUUUCGUCUGCAAAAGAUACAGGACCAAAGACGAUGAAUGCCAUGCGCAAGGAGGACAUGGCUCGAGAUAUGGACCCAGAAAAACUCAAGAUUGUGGAGUGGACUGAUGGCAAGGAGAAGAAUAUUAGGGCGCUCUUGUGCUCACUGCACACGGUCCUUUGGGAGGGCACGACAUGGAAAACUGUGGGAAUGCACCAGCUUGUGACUGCAGCUGAAGUGAAGAAAACGUACAGGAAAGCUUGUCUGGCUGUGCACCCUGAUAAGCAAAUGGGCUCUGACAAUGAAAACAUGGCCAAGUUGAUAUUUAUGGAGCUGAACAAUGCAUGGAGCGAAUUUGAAAACGAUCCCAUGACACAACAGAUGUUUGGUUGAGCGCCUCUCUACAUCAUUUUGAUUGGAUUAUAAGUUUCAGGGCAAAUUUACUUAUUUUAUGUAGAGAUUUGAGGCUUUGCUCUGUUGGCUGAAGUUUGAAAGGCUUAAUCAGUCAUUUGCUUUUUUCUAGAGAAGCGGCAGAGUCUCAAUAAUAUACGUGUUUUACGUCAAAAGAUGCUAUUUUGUUAUAUUUUUAUUUGGUGCUAAAAUAUCAUUAAUUUAUUGAUUUGUUACAAUUUUCAUGGAUCUUCUCAAACUGCGAUUGAUAAAUAAUAUCAGUCGAAAGCAAAAUAUAGACGAUUGAAAUAUAUUAAUGAUUGUAAACCUUGGUAAACUUAUAUCACCACAGAUAACGUGCUCUUGAAAUGGGUAGAGAAUUAAAACCACAUCAUUUAAUGACAGAAGCAUAAUAAUAUAUUAUAUAUAUUUUCAAUUUAAUUAGCAUCAAAAGUUGUUAAGGUCGGACUGGCAUCGAUCAAAUUGUAAAUGUUGAAAGUUCAAUAAUAAUAUACUGUUGGCAAAUUUUGACCCAGAUUAACGUGAAUUUAAAAGGAGCAUUCCACAGAAAUAGUCUUUUGUUUGAAAUAUAGCUUCAUGUGCUCGUUUUUUAUAUGCAAAAUUAUUAUUAAAAAAAAAGAAACAGCAAUGCUUCAUAUUGUGGAACAACUUAGUGCUUAUGACUAAAUGGGCAAAAAUGUUCUCAAUUUUUGGCAUUACCAGAUUGUUUUUGAAAGUUUUUUUUUGCAAAUGAUCUCUUAAGAUGUUAUGAUUGAUUUCUGGGCCAAAAUAAGUAUACAAAUAAAGCAAGUGCAAUGAAUUCAGCCUCUUGAAUCAGCAAUUAUAGAAAUUUCCUUCAUCAGAAGUUGAUUAGGUUUGUCUGAAAUAAAAACUAUAAACUGCUCUAAUGUUA